AUGGCGACAUCGAGACCCAAACAUAUUGAGCCCGAGCAUCUAAGAUUCGAAUUCCUUCUUCGCCAUGUUAAUGAUGAACCUUCGAUUGCCGAUACACGGUCCCUCACCGAAGCUGUCCGAAGAAUCAUCCAAACCGCCGUGAAUUUUGCGGUAGUUGGUGAAUUCGAUGGUGCAACUAGGCUUCUGGAAACACUUACGAUCAGGGGUAUUGAUCCAUUUCAGUACUCUGAUUUUGAAUAUCCUUUCUUGAAGCCUUGCAUGUUUUUCGCCUGGGAAGCAACGUCGUCGUGGCCUUCUUGGGUCCCAGAGGAGGAACGCGCCGAAGGAAAGCUUCAAGAGCUCGAAGCUGAAGGAAGAAAACACUGGCUUGAGAGAUUCAGUCAAGAAUGGGAAGUCACAGAUGAAACUGCCGAAAAGGCUUUAGACAUGGCGUAUAACGGUUUGACUACGAACCUGCCUGACUACAAUGGAACACUCGCCGGACAGGUCAUACAGGCAGAAGCCAUGGCUGCGAAUGGUGACUUCUCAUAUUCAGCGAGUCCAAACGGACCUAUGGCUAUUAGAUACAUGAAGAUAGCCAUGUGGUGGCGUCAAGGCAUUUUCCCAUACCCAUUUGUUCAACUGUACCGCACCGCUGGUUUGAUGAUUGCCCUGGAUAUAUAUCUGCGCCUGGGUAAAGACGAAAAGGCUCGAGAGUUGUUCAUGAAAGUGUGCGAUCGUUUUCACACGGAAGAACAAGUUGAACAGCUCGCCUGCUCUCGAGCCGCGUGGAAGCAGAUUCUUGCUGUUCCCGAGCGGCCCCUCUUGGACUUUCUCAACAUUCACGCAGCCAAGCUCCGGCCAGCCGUCUCUCGUGUCUGUCAAAUGGCUAAGAACCGCCUGCAGGGUGGUCCGAGACGUCGAUAUGCAGGCCAGUCUAUCGAGAAGCUGGUCCAUAUUAUCAGCGAGAAUACGUUCAAAAAUUGCCCCUAUGACAGGUUGGAUGCUUAUCGCCCGCCUGGCAACCUCCGGGAUCGACCCCGGAAUGCCAAUGCUCUGAUUCGACGGGGAUGUUACGUUACAGGGAUACGGACUCUGGAGGAGCGACUAGGCGUGACUCUUCCUGAAGACUACAAAGAGUUCCUCAGCAUCACAAAUGGUCUUGAUUCAAUGUGGGAUGGCCAGAAUCUUGUAGACUACCUGGCUGCUGCCCAGGAAGUCAAUUGGCAAGAGAUCGACUUCCUCGAAGGCAAUGAACUUCCUCUGCUGAAUGACGGUGAGCCACUAGCAUGGACGAAAAACAUCCUGGAAUGGCCAAAAGUCGAAAAGCCUCGGUGUAUCUGUCUCUCGGGCGAUAUCAACCACGAAGAAAGGGCUGGCCACUUCUUCCUCAUAGGUCAGGAUCUUCUUCAGCCAGCUAAAGAUUAUUUCUUCAAGACAUAUGAGAAACGGGAUGAGGUUCAACGCCGUGAACUUGACCGCCUUGUUGAGGAGACAUACGGCAGCAUGGAGAAUUUCAGAAAUCUCGAAUGGGGCUUUAUUAGUUGGACCGCAUGGGAUUUUACUGUUUACCCGUACCAUGGGCUCCAAGACUUCUUGGAACAGAUGGCGGAGGCGUCUUUGCGGCAGGAGAGGCCUUGGCUGAAUAUGUUUGAGCCGAGAUUUAGAAGGACGGCAAACGUGGAUGAUGCGUAA